AUGAACAACGUUGCUGCUUCUAUUCUCAAUAACGAUUGGGAUAUUACGUUGAAUUACACCGAUUUUCAUUUGGAAGAUUUGAAAAAAAAUCAUACAUUCGAGAACGAUUUCGAAACUAUUGUGGGAUUAUGUGUGGUUAUAUCAGCAAUAAUGGGAGUAUUGGCAAAUAUUGUCGUUAUAAUACUCUCGUUUGGACAUGUAAAGGGGGAUUUCAGUUUAUUUGUAGCAAAUCUGGCUGUCGUCGAUAUUGUGUGCGGAUUUAUCUUCAUGUUUAUGGGAUACAUUAAUGUCAAUGACACCCAUAAUAUUCCAAUAACAUUUUUAUAUUAUAUGACUCUUGCAUUUUACGGUUCAUUUGGAACCAUGAUAUGUGCCUUAGUACCAAUAUCUCUUAGCAGAGUCUUAGCUUUAUCGAACACGAAAUUAUACAAAACGUUUUUUGACGGACACAAAUCAUUAUUGUUUUGCAUAUUGCUCGACUCAUUACCAGUAGCAAUUUUAUACAUCAUAUGCGUUGCCGAUCACGAUGUGGCCAAGUCAAUGUUUUAUUUAUUCGCUGCUAUUACUAUCUUCGCUUAUUUUAUUUCUUUCGCAACGAAUUAUAUGGUUUUUAGAGUAGUUGCAAGACACAUUGAAGUUGUUCAAAAUUUGCGAGAUCAAGUAAGACUUCUUGAGACUAGACAAGUCGCCAUCGCGACCCUUGCUCAAGCCUUAAUCCCUUUACUUUGCCAGGUUCCUGCCUUUUUAACUCUUAGCUCUAUAUUACUGCUCUCCGAGCCCAUAACAAAUGGACAUGUAAUUUAUAUAACGCAACUAUGGCUUGCUUUAAGCCCAUUAUUGGACGCUAUUAUCACCAUUCUAGUAAUUAAGCAAUAUCGAAUGGAAUGCUUCAUGUGCGCUUCCACAGUCGGGAAAAUAUGUUCUUUAGCGAGGACUAAUAUGUUCUUUAGCGAGGAAAAAGAAGUAUUUGAGACUCAAUUGUAA